AUGUCCAGCCAAGGAAGUCCUGGUGUGGAGUUUUCUACGACAACAGUCAGUUCAGUAGCUGUGCAGGCUGGGGACUCCAGAAUCGUUAUAGCUGUCAUAAAGUGUGGCAAAUGGGUACAACUUCAAUUGGCUGAAUCACAGCCCAAUCUUCUAGAAAUUGGAAGCAAUCAAGAUGAAACCAAAAAACUUCUUCAUGAUCAUGAACUUCUUUUGGCCAAGCUCAAGGCUUUGGAAGACCGAGUAUGGGAACUCCUGCAGGAAGCAGACAAGACGGCUGAAGAGAACAAGGAUCAGAGCCAGGUCUAUGAUGCCAUGGCCAAAACCCUGGGCGAAGCAUGGGCAGCCCUGGUAUCCAUGCUUGAGAGGAGGAGGGAGCUUCUCAGAUUGACCUCUGAAUUUUUUGAAAAUGCCUUGGAGUUUGCCAUUAAAAUAGACCAAGCGGAAGAUUUCCUCCAGAAUACUCAGGAGUUUGAGAGUGCCGAGUCCUUGAAAUCACUCCUUCAACUUCAUGAACAUCAUACGAAAGAACUCUUAGAACGAUCUCUAGCCCUUUUAAACAAAAGUCAACAACUCACUGACUUCAUAGAAAAAGUCAAGUGUGAUGGACCUAAUAUAAAUCCCGAGAUGAUUCAGGGAGCUCAAAACAGCUGCCUGAAAAUCGACAGUCUUCUUGAACUUCUCCAAGAUAGGAGACGGCAACUAGACAAGUACCUGAAGCAACAGCAGCAGGAAUUGAGUCAGGUUCUGCAGAUAUGUCAGUGGGACCAACAAGAAAGUCAGGUUACUGGUUGGUUUCAGAAAACCAUAAGAGAUUUACAAGAACAGAGCCUAGGUUCAUCCCUUUCAGAGAAUGAGGAGCUAAUUCGUAAGCAUGAGCAGCUGAUAAUAAAAGCAAAGGAAUGGAAUUCCGCGGUGGAGAAGCUGAAGAGUGAGGCACUGGGGAUUCUGCUCUGCAAGGAGUAUGUGGAGAAAGAACACCUACAGCUCUCUAACCAGAAACUGAAUCGGCUUCGAGAGGAAUUUGGUCAGCUCAUGGUGGAAAGGAAAACCUGGUUAAAAAAGGCAAAUGAUUUUUUUAACAGCGCGAACAAGGCAUUUGAUGUACUUGGAAGAGUUGAAGCUUACCUUAAGCUCCUUAAAUCAGAGGGUUUAAGUCUGCCUGUCUUGGCGGCGAGGCACGAGGAAUUACACAGAGAGAUUAAAGACUGCACAGCUGAUGCUUUGCAAAAGGGACAAGCCUUAAUCAACCAGCUAGCCUCCUGCAGCUCUCAAGGAACUGGUGUCCAUGAGAUGAUGGGAUGCAUCAGAAGGCGAGCAGAUCAUCUGACCGAACAGUGUUCAGCGCACAAGGAACUAGCUCUUAAGAGACAACAAUUAACAGCCUCAGUGGAGGGUUAUUUAAGAAAGGUGGAAAUGUCCAUUCAGAAAAUCAGCCCAGUGCUUUCCAAUGCAGUGGAUGUCGGUUCCGGCCUUUCUGAAUCAGAUAAGAUUUUGGAUAAAUAUCUGGAACUAGAUAAACAAGCUAAGGAGACAUCACAUGAAUUAGAAGCAGCUGCAAAACUCUUGACGGAGAAAAAUGAUUUUGAACCUGAUGAAGUGGCAUUGCUUUCUUUUAAAGCUAAGUGGCUAGAAGAAGAAUUAAACAUACUUGGCCAAAGCAUCAGCUCCAGGUCACAAGUCCUGCAAACUUACGUGGCAUUUCUAAAGUCAUCAAAGGAGAUAGAGGAGCAGUGUCAGGGUCUAAAGGAGUUUUACCAAACUGAUAUCCUCCGAAAGGAAGAGGAUGACGCUGAAGCCAAGCAUCGCUCUGACUCAGUGGAGAAGCAGUGGCAGCUAUUUUUAAAGAGGAGUUUCUUAGCUCAAGAACUCGGGCUCAAGUUCCUUAAUUUAAUAAAUAUGGCAAAAGCCAAUGAAAUAUUAAGUGUGAAAAAUGAAGUAUACAUUAUGGAGAACACCAUGGAAAGCCAGAAGGCAGAAAGGGAAGAACUCAGCCGCCUUCGGAUGGCCUGGCAACUUAAAGCCGCUGCAAGGAAGCCCGUGAAACAGCAGUGGGGAGCAUUCAAAGAGCAACUUAGAAAGACUACUCACAACUUAAAACUUCUCCAGGAAGCACUUAUGCCUGUGUCUACACUUGACCUUGGAGGGAGUCUCCAGACCAUUUUAGGUCUACGGAAAAAAUGGAAUGAAAUGAAGCCUCAGUUCCAGCAACUGAAUGAUGAGGUUCAGUACAUUAUAAAAGAGUCAGAAGAAUUAAGAGGCAAAGGAGCCCCUGUAAAAGAGAAGUCUCAGCAGCUGAAGGACCUUAUUCACCUCCAUCAGAAUCAGAAAGAGAGAAUCCGAGAUUACGAGGAGAUCCUGUAUCAGACUGUCCAGUUCCACCAAGUCAGAGAAGAGCUGGGACGACUCUUCAGAUACAGAGAGCUGGAGCUGCUAGAGCAGCCGAAGGGAAUGGAUGACGCUCACGACGCCCAGAUUCUCCUCAGUCGCUCUCGGGAGCAGCAGGCACACAUAGACCGUCUCCAUAAACUGGCUCUUUCCUUGGGGGUGGACAUCAUCUCAUCAGUGCAGCGGCCUAACUGCUCCAAUGUUUCUGCAAAGAACCUGCAGCAGCAGCUGGACAUCCUUGAGGGGGACAGUCUGAACUGGUGUGCCCAGGCAGAGGACCACCAGCGGAUCCUGACCCGCAGCUUGGACUUCUGCACCACAAGGGACGAGAUAGGCGAGCUCAAAGAGUCAUUCAAAGAAAUCAAAAAGAAAUUCAACAAUUUGAAGUUUAAUUACACUAAGAAAAAUGAAAAAGCUAGAAAUCUGAAAGCUCUCAAAUAUCAAAUUCAACAAGUGGAUAUGUAUGCUGAAAAAUUACAGGCUUUGAAAAGGAAAAUGGGAAAAGUUGAGAAUAAAACUUUUUUCUUAAAUAAUCCAAAUAAUAAAGUGAAUGUCCUUUUGGAAGCCAUGAGGGAUUUGCAGAAAGAUGUGGACGAGUUUGACAAAGUUGUGACAGAUUACAGGAGGAAUUUGGGCCUGACCGAGCAUCUCCAGGAGUUGAUAGAAGAGUGCCACUUUUGGUGUGAUGAUGCAAGUGCCACAGUUGUAAGAGUUGGAAAAUAUUCCACCGAGUGCAAGACCAAGGAAGCUGUGGAGAUUCUCCACCAGCAGUUCCAAAAGUUUAUCACACCCUCAGUGCCUCAGCAAGAAGAAAGGAUUCGGGAGAUCAGUGACCUGGCUCAGCGCUUGUACGGUUUUGAAGAAGGGCAGAAAUAUGCUGAGAAAAUAGUGGCCAAACACAAAGAGGUUCUUGAAUCUGUAACUGAAUUAUGUAGCUCUCUCACAGAGCUUGAAGAAAAGCUGAAGCAGGGAGACAUUUUAAAGAUGAAUCUGAAUUUGGAAGACUUCCAGGAUGAUUGCAUUGACCUACUGAAAGAACCAGCAAGAAGUAAGCAGACAAUAUACAAUAAAGGAAGGAAUAAGGAGCAGGGCAAGCCAGCAGACAUCUUGGCGGUCAGUGGAGCAGGAGAGGGUCAGCUUGCACGAGAGGUGAAGCAGCUGGUCCCCGGCAAAGAGGGCGCUGUCCAAGACCUGCUCCUGCCCGUGGAUGUGCUUUCGGGAGAAGAAUAUGAGUGUGUCUCACCGGACGACGUCUCCCUGCCUCCGCUCCCGGGAAGCCCCGAUUCCCUCCUCGCUCCGUCCGACGUGGAGCUGGAGGCGCGUGCCAGCCCGUCCCUCGGCCAUCACCUAAGUGGCCACGGGACGCAGACGGGGGCCAGCGGUUCAGGGGAGGCCCCGGAAUCUGGCCUUCCGUCAGCUGCUGCUUUUGCUGAUGCUUGCAAUGAUAAGAGAGAAACAUUUUCAAGUCACUUUGAGAAGCCUUCCCCCCAGUUCCAAGCUGAGCCCUCAUUAACAUCCCGAGGAUUUCUGGAAAAGAAUACUGCCUUCCACAAAAUCUGUGCUAAACCUCCAGAGCGCAUGCGCAGUGAAGUGCAUGCGAGAGCUUUACAACAGCACCCCCAGGCUCAGGGAAGUUUGCUAGAAACACCGGAGAAAAUGCAUGCUGGUAAUAACGUCACUAAAACCCGAAAUAGGUUGCAUGCUUCCCAGGAUGCGUUCUCGGGCCUCGGGUUUCAGCCAGGCCCCAGCCAGGCCUCUGAGAGGCGAAUGGUUCCCCGAGAAGAGAUUAAAAGUACAUCAGCAAAGAACAGCGUGGUCAGCCUAGCUGGCCAGGCCCCUAAUUUCUCCAGGCUCCUGUCUAAUGUAACUGUCAUGGAAGGUUCUCCAGUGACUUUGGAAGUUGAAGUAACAGGAUUUCCAGAACCUACACUGACAUGGUACAAGAAGGGCCAGAAAUUGUCUGCAGAUGGGCACUUGCAGGUUUUACACAAGGAGACAAGACAUUCAGUUUUCAUUCCGAAGGUAUGCGAUGCAGAUGCAGGCCUCUAUGUGGCUCAGGCCCAAAACUCUAGUGGCGUUCUCUCUUCCACUGUCAUCCUCCACGUGACAGGUAACUGCAGGCCGCCCAUCACAAGAAUAAACUGGAUCCUGCUGUGUGUCAUCUACGUUAGCGUGUCCCUAAUGUACUGGCUACUCACAUGGUAACUGCGGGGCUGGCACCGAUGGGCAUCAUUGUUAUGAGCCUAAAGGACAAUACAGCUGUUUAUUUUCCUGAAUCUCCCACAAAGCAUCCCCCACCAAGUGUACCUCCAGUCUGCUUUUUUGGCUAAUACCGCUGCUCGGUAAAAUAAUCAGAUUUUCUUUAGUGCUUUAAUGUAUUUGAAGAGCUUGGUAAAUCAUUAGCAGUGAAUAAGCAUACAUUUUCGUAUUCUAGAAAGAGAUGUGUUCAAUAUAAAACACAAUCAAAUUAUACUAUGUAUAUUCUCUCCUAAUUUAAGAGCAUGAAGAUUAAGGCUCACAUCAGCAUGCAGAUGUGAGUUUUAUUUCAAAUCCAAUUGGUUGAUAAUCUAUUUUUAAUUGUACUCAUAAACAUCUCUUUGUAGGAUAAGAGUAGAAAUGCUGAACUAAAAUUGUAAUUUUCAUUAUUGUGUAAGAUGUCCUUUAAUUUUGUUUUUCAUGUCUUGAUAUCAUUUAUUGAAAUACAUUCUAUGUAGUUUCAGCAUAGCCUACAUUCCUGAGUCUGAGGAUGGCACUGCAAAUAAUCAUUCCUCCUGUUGAUCUCAUGGGUUUGACUUUGGAGAAUAGAGGCACUGUCAGCCUUAAAUGGAGUUUGAAACUUCCUUCAGCUGUGCGUGUCAUAGAGCAAGAUGGAGCAUAGCUGCAGGGGUGGGCCAACAGUAUUCCUGUCCUUCCGUUGACAUGUUUUGGGCAACCAUGUGUAUACGGCGGCAAUCAGUUCCUCUUGCUUCUAAUCUUGAUUCUGUUGCUGACCAUUUUUACAGCCUGUGGUAAGGCAUCAUAACGCCCCAGUUUCCCAUUUGAAAAAUGGGUUCAUCAGCUACCUCUUGGGCAAUUGACGGUUUUCAUUUCAUGUCUUGUAAAGAUCUGGAAAAUGGAAAGUACUCUAUGAAGGCUAAGGGUAAUUAUAUCGCUUAAUGUAAUUUGUCAUCACACUGCCUCCUGCCCACUAUUUCUCUUUCAGAUAUUAUUUCUUUAGAAUAUCAGAUUCAAGGAGUGGUGUUGGUAUGUGAUUGCCAACUGUUUCCAUGUAGGAAAAUGAUAUUUUCUGAAUUGGAGCUUAAAUUCGUUUCUAAUUUCUUAAGACUGUAUCUUUUUCAAAGGCCUGAAAUUAAACUCAGGGGCAUACCUUUAGAAUGAUCUUGAGGGAGAAAAAGUAUAUAAUAGGAUGACAUAAGAUGAAUUCUAUCCUUUUCUUAUAAUUAUCACUGUAAUAUUGAAGAAUAGUCUAUGCCUUUCUGAAAUAUAUUAUUCAGAAAAGAUCAUCAUGUUAGUUCCUUUAAAAAAUAAAUGUGUAUAAGAGAGGCAUUUGUUUUUAGAUUUUAAAUGUAGUUUUGUCAUGUUAGGGUAAAAUCUUUAGUUGAAAGAAUAUCCACUAUGGAUUUUUGAUGAAGGGAAGGAAUUAAUUAUGUUGCUAUAAAGACUGUCUGCAAAUAAUAAAAAUAUUUAAAUUUAAUAUAUCAAAAUUGAUAUUAAAAAGUUACUGGAUAUUAUCUGAAGAUGUGAAAUGUGUGGCUGAGUAAA